AUGGCUACCGAUUACUUUUCCGACAACGAGGUGUUUAUCACAAACCAACCACUGCCUUCACCAGUAGGGACCCCUUACCACACGAUCUCCCGGCGAACCUCACGAUACGGCACCCCAUGCAGCGAUGUACCCAGCUCGCCAGCCCCUCUCCCACCUGAUCCAAGCAUCAGUACCGAUGAUUCGGCCAACAAUGAGAGCAUUUCUGUUCUCGAUCCACGGCGCUUCACACCCACCUUACAUGCGAACUUGGUAUCUGAAAUCCUGAACCUUCGACGAGAACUGGAUUCAAAGCAUAGGUUCAUUGAAGAUCUAGAGACAAACUUCAAUGCGGUGCGGGAUGACAAUGACUCGUUGUCGAAACAGCUUUCAUCAGCCACCAAGGAGAGCCGGAACGCCAAGCGCCAACUGCAGCAUUUCGAACAGGAGACUUUGGCUGCCCUAGAGGAGAUUGCUGGCGAGAGAGACAAGAUGAAGGAGGUGAAUGCGGAUCUGAAGGUGAAACUUGAGGCUGCACAGAAGAAGUCGCGUAGUCAGGACGAUGACUCGAGUAGAGUUCAUGACAUGUGGGCCCGCGAAAAAGAAGCUUGGGCAGGAGAAAAAUUAGUUUUGGAACGCCGAAUACAUACUUCGGAUGCCCGACUUCAAAUCCUACUGGACGAACUUGCGUUGCAAGAAGCCGCUCAGGACGACGCUGGUCUAGAAAAUGGAUACGGCAAAGGAAACGGGAUCAGUUUAGCAGAUGAACUGAUCUUCGAUGAAGAGGAAGAGGAUUUGGGAGACCUGGAGCUCGACUCCGAUGACUUCCCCGAGAACGAGAUGCGAGCGAGGAGACUGCACGAAUCACGACAGUCGCUGUAUCCUGAUGAGAAGGCCAAACGGAUUCUCGGGCUCAGUAUUGACAAUCAGCAGCUCGGCAGGGAUGACCCUACCACCACCGAAGAGUCUGAGGCACCAAAGACUUCAUACGAAACGGCCCACUCAGCUACUACUAUCACCCCACGGGAAAUAACACUCGUCUUCCCACCAACGCGGCCUAUUUACGUAGACACUGGAGUGCAACCAUCACCACCGCCAUCACCGAAGAAACCUGCCAUGGCUGAAGCAUCGUCUCAGACUUUUGAACCAAUUCCACAGAACAAGUCGAGCGAGACUUUGUCGACCAAUGCGGAGGUCGAAGCAAACCAGCGCCGGAAGCGUGUGUCUGCAGCUCGCGAUUCUCACGGGACGCCUCUAACCGUCAACCCCAUAGCUUCUUCGAUGACAUCUACUUCAGUGCAGACUGUUGAACAGCCUCUGAGCCCGCCAGCAACCCCAAAGAUCCACUUCCCCGUUACUCAAGCUCCAUUUUCUCCAAUCCAUGAAGCUCAACCUGUCUCAGCCUCAACGCAAACGGAAGCGCCAGAAAAGCCACAGGAGCCGCCUACCGAGAGCAAGAAGACACCACCACCGCCGCCCAUCACAAUUCCGUCCAUCGCCAUCCAUGCACCCUCUUCUGCUCCAUCAUCACCGAAGGAGCCAAUUCUGCCACCGGGAACGAAGACCGUUUCGACACAGACGACAGGCGAUUUGUUCGCGCCCAUGCAGUCAGCCGGCAUGCAAACUGAACCAAUCAGGAUCGACCAGCGUCCCGUCAAAUUACCUGCACAUCUAUUGCCCUCAGCAAUCACUUCCCAGCCAAGCACUCCUGAGCAAUCUCAAGAGGCUCAGCCAACUGGCAACGCUCAUCGGAAUGACUCGCGUUUCCCAAGUUCCAGUGAAACAGAGUACUCCAAAGCGAAGCCUACGGCGCGCCAGGACCUCACUACAUUGCUUGAGAGAGCUGCAGACAAGAAGAUCGAAAACAGAUAUCCUGGCAACAAUGACAACGGGCCUCUGUCGAAGCAGCCGUUGUCCGCUGACAUUCUUAGCAGACCUUUCCGCACCAGCAGUUUGUUCGCUGGAUUCGACGGCCCCUCAUCUGAUGAAGAUGAGGAUGAUGAUGGAGAAGCCAGUGAUGACGAGGCAACAGCAUACACUGCGAACGGCUCGGUCAACACCUCUGUCAGUCAGAGCAGCGUUGUCGAUGCCAUCGCCGCAUCCAUGAUUGGCGAGUUCAUGUGGAAGUAUGUACGAAAGAGGAAAGCCUUCGGGGGCCCGGAGACGCCCAUGGAUCGUGCAGCAGAAGAGGCUUCUCUCGCCAACCAUGGCGUUCGACACAAGCGUUGGGUCUGGAUCUCACCAUACGAGCGAGCCAUCAUGUGGAGCAGCAAGCAACCGACCUCUGGCACUGCACUCUUGGGCAAGAAUGGUCGCAAACUUAUCAUUCAAUCAGUACUGGACGUUGCGGAUAAUUGUCCUCCACCGAAGAACGAGACCUUGUUCAACCGGUCCAUCUUGAUCCUCACUCCAGCGCGUGCGCUGAAGUUCACCACCACUUCACAAGAGCGACAUUACUUGUGGUUGACUGCACUUUCCUUCCUGGCACAUUCCAACGCGGCUAUACCCGAUCUUGAUUCGAUGCCACCGGCACCACCUCCAGUCAUCGAAGCGCCGCCUAUCCCUUCACAGAACGCAACACUGCGCCGCUCUCGUGUGCAAGACUCUGUCCGUCUCGCCAAGGGCAGAGCUAAUCCCGUCAUGCAGCGCUACGCAUCGCAAAACGACAUGCAUACCGCUCUACCCUCUCUUGCUGGAUUUGACGGGCCUAUAUCGGACGGUGCCAGCCCUCCUACCAUCCCACGCGGACCAGCUCAUGUAUACAACCCCAACAGCGGCGUCGUCAGUUCGCGAACCUCGGAAGCCAGCACGUCAACUCGACAGCACUUCUUCGACACAAUGGGCACCGUGCGUAUGGAAGCCUUCAUCGACAACGCCCUCGGCGAUCCCAGACACGCCGGCAACUACCCAAGGAAGCCAACCCACAGGCGACGUCGCGGCAGCAGUCAAUGGAGCGCGAGUACACGCGAACAGCCACCCAACCGCGCCGGCGGUUUCUUCGACGACCUCGAAGUCAGCAACGAUCCCUUCCGCGGCUUCUAG